UCCCUUCCCGCUUCACCCCGCCCUUCCCCCCUCCCCGAGCCUGACAGCCCGCGAGCUGCCAAGCAGGGCGCAGCCAUGGGAAGAGGAGGCGCGCUGGGGAGCGGCGGCGGCGGCUGCGGUGGAGGCAGUGGCGGCGGCUGCAGCAGCGACGGCGGCGACCGCUGCUGAGCCGGGGCGGCGGCGGGGACCCCGGGCUGGGGCCACGCGGCCCACGAGUCCCCGGAGUCCUCGGCCCCCAAGAGGAUUUGAACCCGCGCUCGCUCUCCGGAGUCGAGGCUCAGAGGUCCUACAGGUAUGGAUUUCUGGCAGCUCUUGGUGACCUUGGCAGUGGCAAGCUCAAGUGAUGCUUUUUCUGGGAGUGAAGUCACACCAGCUGUCCUUAGCAGAACAUCCCAGAGUCUGCAAAGUGUUUACCUGGACCUGAACACAAAUUCUUCUGGUAAACCUAAGUUCACCAAGUGCCGUUCACCAGAACUAGAGACAUUUUCAUGCCACUGGACAGAUGGGGUUCAUCAGAGUGUACAGAGCCCUGGACCCAUACAGCUGUUCUAUAAUAGAAGAAACACUCAAGAAUGGAACCAAGAAUGGAAAGAAUGCCCUGAUUAUGUAUCUGCUGGAGCAAACAGCUGUUACUUUAACUCAUCUUAUACCUCCAUUUGGAUACCCUACUGUAUCAAGCUAACUAGCAAUGGUGGUGUGGUGGAUGAAAAGUGUUUCUAUGUUGAGGAAAUAGUGCAACCAGAUCCACCCAUCGCCCUCAACUGGACUUUACUGAACACCAGUUUAACGGGAAUUCAUGCAGAUAUUCAAGUCAGGUGGGAACCACCACCAAACGCAGAUGUUCAGAAGGGAUGGAUUGUGCUCGAGUAUGAACUGCAGUACAAAGAAGUUAAUGAGACACAAUGGAAAACGAUGGACCCCAUAUUGUCCACAUCACUUCCUGUGUACUCACUGAGAAUAGAGAAAGAAUAUGAAGUACGUGUGAGAUCGAGACAACGAAACUCUGAAAAAUACGGCGAGUUCAGUGAGGUGCUAUAUGUAACCUUUCCUCAGAUGAGCCCAUUUACAUGUGAAGAAGAAUUCAAGAUUCCAUGGUUUUUAAUUAUUAUGUGUGGAAUAUUUGGACUAACAAUCAUAUUAUUUGCGUUGAUAUUUUCUAAGCAGCAAAGGAUUAAGAUGCUGAUCUUGCCCCCAGUUCCAGUUCCAAAGAUUAAGGGAAUUGAUCCAGAUCUCCUCAAGGAUGGGAAAUUAGAAGAGGUGGACACAAUCUUAGCCAUUCAUGACAACUAUAAGCCUGAAUUCUACAAUGAUGACUCUUGGGUUGAAUUCAUUGAACUAGAUAUUGAUGACCCUGAUGAGAAGGCUGAAGGAUCAGAUACAGAUAAACUUCUAAACCAUGACCAUGAGAAAACACUUAACAUUUUGGGGGCAAAAGAUGAUGACUCUGGACGUACCAGCUGUUAUGAACCUGACAUUCUGGAGACUGAUUUCCAUGCUAGUGACACAUGUGAUGGUACCUCAGAGUUUGAGCAGCCACAAAGGUUAAAAGAAGCGGUUCUCUUGUGCCUUGAGAAGAAACAAAAUCACUCAAUCUCUGAUGAUACUCUCUCUUCUAUUCCACAACCCAGUGUAACCUUAACACAGGAAAGUAAAUCAAGACCACUUGUUAUGGGUGGAACUGAAUCAACUCAUCCAACUAUUCACAUUCAGCUAAGCAAUCCAAGUUCACUGGCAAAUAUCGACUUUUAUGCCCAGGUAAGCGACAUUACACCAGCAGGGAGUGUGGUCCUUUCCCCGGGCCAAAAGAUGAAGGCAGGAAUGGUCCACUUUGACAUUCAUCCAGAAGUGGUUUCACUCUCCCAAUCAAACUUCAUCAUGGACAAUGCCUACUUCUGCGAGGCUGAUGCCAAAAAGUGCAUCACAGCAGGCCCUCACCUAGAGGUCCAAUCACGUGCAGAGCCAAGCUUUAACCAGGAAGACAUUUACAUCACCACAGAAAGCCUUACCACUACUGCUGGGAGAUCUGGGACAGCAGAACCUGCUCUGAGUUCUGAGCUGCCUGUCCCAGACUACACCUCCAUUCAUCUAGUACAGUCUCCACAGGGCCUCGUCCUGAAUGCGACUUCCUUGCCUUUGCCUGACAAAGAGUUUCUCUCAUCGUGUGGCUAUGUGAGCACAGACCAACUGAACAAAAUCAUGCCAUAGCCUUUUUUUGACGUCCUAUGAGCUACGUAUGUAUUUAAUGGCUGGGGCAUGAAUGCUUAAACCAAAACAAUGUUUAAACCUUUUGGGGGGAGGGCGGGGGGUUAUGGAUCCUAAAUGCCUUUUCCUGAAAUGUAAAACAUGAUAUUAAAACAAAAAAAAUAAGAAUGCUUAAUCAGAUAGCUAUUCCUAUUGUGAAUUGUAAAUAUUUUAAAGAAUUGUCUCGAAGACUGUUUAGUGUCUGUGAUUGUUUUGUUAUUGUGGGUGUUAAUUUUGUGAUACUAAGCAUUGAAUGACUAUGUUUUUAAUGUAUAGUAAAUCAUGCUUUUUAAAAAAGCAAACUAUCAGGUGGCUUUUGCAGUUCAGGAAAAUUGAAUGCAAAUCAUAGCACAAUUUGAUUUUUUUAAUAAUUAGGAACUAAAAUUACAGAUCAA